AUGGGAGAAAUGAUAAGAAAAAAUAUCGCUAGAUAUUGCAUCGCAGUCGGUAUUGCACGGUGCAGUGCGCCCGCGCAUUACGCUUCGCCGCACACCCCAGGUGUAGUAUCAAUCAGAAUAACAAACAUGCGUGUUCCCGAAGUCAUACAGUACGGUACCAUGGAUUCUGUCACAUUGGACUGCGACUUCGAGACUGACAACGUGACUGGACUGGUGGUGAAAUGGUUCUACAAUGACAAGUCUCAUCCUGUUUACCAGUGGAUACCGCCGCAGAAGCCGCAGGCGUUAGGACUGUUGAGAAAUAAGUUGGACCUUACAUACAGGGUGUCACCUAACCCGUACACUCAGCAUCGGGCGUUACGUAUAAAACAUCCUGGUAUUGAACUAACAGGGAAUUACACUUGUGUGGUGUCUACAUUCUUAGCGGAAGACCAAAGGACACGCCCAAUGACCAUUUUUGUACCCGAAAAGAGGUUCGACAUGAUACAAGACAGAGUGAAUGAUGGAUUCCUUAAUAUAAUAUGCUCCGUCGAAGGUGUUUAUCCAAGACCAGAACUUGUUAUUUUGGCGGGAAACAGACUCCUGAGCGCGAAGUCUUCCACGACUCUCAUCAACGACCGCUACACGGCCGUAACAAGCACAUUCGUGAAGAUCGACGCGUUACCUCCGACUGUUGAGAUCCUCUGUGAUAUGCAAGUCCCUCUGGCUAACUACUUCAGCAGGAAAAGAGAGAUAUUUUAUAGAGAUCCUUUGCCGACUACAACAGAAGAAUCAAAUUCAAGAUAUACACAAUUAGAAAGAGACUCAGGAUAUUCGCGCAAGUCAACACCUGUGUUAAUCUUAACAACAUUAUUAUUAUGUCUAUUACGACAAAGGAUAAGUUGA